AACAGGAAGACAGUUGUGUAAGCUUGACCAGGAACAAACUGAACCGGGGACGCGGCAUCCCCGUUCUGAAGAUCCACAAUGAAAAUGGUAUCGUGUCUAUCUGCGCUGGAGAUACAUAAUCUGUGAUGCAACGAAUUACCUGUUUUGCGACGUCUCUUGAGUUCGGAGGGAUAGUGGGCUGCAAACCGCUGGCCUGCCCUUGGAAGAGAAGCCCUCCUACUACUCUACUACCACAGCAUACACCGCUCAGCUCACUGGCGUUUCUACAGCCUCAUAACUCCCGUUUGCUGGAACGGACACUACAGCCUCAUGAUCACAGCUUGCAAAACUGGAGGGGACAGAAUACAUCAUUUGUGUCCCAGAAAUGCAGAUUCUACAGUACCGACAGCGACAAUGAACCCAAGACUUCACCAAGACAGCCAGCCAUCUCUGUCGUGGGCAUUCCAGAUCCCAUCACCUGGAUACGAAACAAAAUCAUAAUGUUAUUCAUUGAACUUUAUUUUGAUCUGAAUAUUUCCAGCGUGGAGUUUGACACUGGGGUGAAACAGGCUGUCAUCCACGUCUCCUCAAUGGUCUCCAGUGGCAAGUUUUGGGCUAUAAGAGAAGUAGUGUCUGCAGAGGCUGUCAAAAGAGUCAAGAGGAAGUAUGAAGACUUAUCAGAUACCCAAAGAAGACACCUUGCCAUUUCUUCAGAUGAUAUUGUAUUUGUACUUCCAGAAGAUGUCUCGGUGGUCUUUGAUACUGUCAUAUACGGGAGGAAGUUUUGUUCUAUAAUAAUGCGCCUCUGGCACCUGACAGACGCAGAUGUACCUGAGGACCCAGAAAGCACCCGGAUGUUCAGAAUAACGGAUAACGGAGAGGACCCACCCAAAAAGAUUGUCACCGCUGUGUACGAGUUUCACCGGGAGCUGACGACCGGAGCUGACCCCGACUGGAUGGUGACCCACAUCUGGCACUGGAAGCAGCUGGAGUGACAUCAGUGUCACGCUUCGCUCACACGGACACCGUCCGUUGACAGUUGAUUGAAGGGGUGUUUGAUAAAAUGGAGGGUUGUCUUUUCAUGUGUUACAUUCAUACACUUGGUCUGACUGGGUGACGGAUCCACUGCCACCAUCAAAGUUGAAAAUUCUGGGGUGCAUUUCUGGAAAGCGUAGUUGUUAGCAGUUAGCAACUUCGGUAGUUGCCAAUGGGAAAUUGCAUUGCAACUAACAAAGUAGCUAAUAUAGUUAGCAACUUGGCUGUCCAGAAAUGCACCCCUGACCUUUUGGCAGAGGUCCGAACAAUGGUAUUUCGUGUCCGCCC